UGCCGAUUAGGUUCGUCGCGGAGCGACGUUUGUGCGCGACUCCGUCGUCUUUAGUUUCUGCUUCUCUUUCCGAUCUUUGUGCGGUGUAUCUCACAGGAUACUCUCCCUCCGUCACGCUCGACGAUCGAUGAGUCAAAAGGACGGCGACAUAAAGGCGGAUGAAAUAUCGAGCGGAAGGAAAUACCGAAGCGACACGCAAGAGUGAUACGUGCAUCCGUUCUCUCGGCAUUCUGUUGGUAAACGGAAAGGAGCAAUCGCGUCCCUGAAGGAGAGAUCUCUUCCUCGAAAGAAACAAAACAGCCGGCAGAUACGUCGCCGUUAAACGCGAGCGAAAGGAGGAUCACUCGUCAAGGAAGAUUUAUUGCCUUGCGAUUCGACGUCUUCAGUGAGAAAACCGCCGUGCAGUCAGGUAUCUCGAAGACAUGGGACUGGUAGAACGCGAAGCUGAGAUGCAAGACCUGAACGUAGCCAGACCCGGAAGAUCGAGAGAUCUCUUCGGAGUGCAAUUGGAGGUCACUUCGUUACUAUUGGAAGGCGAGCGCCGCAAAUUGGCAGUCUUACAAAGAGAAUUGCAAGCAGCUCUUGAAGAAGGUGGAAGCGUAAAAGUGAAGGAAAAGCAGAGGCAGGAAUUGCUGCAUGCAAUAUCGAAAAUUCAAGGGCAACACGAGCAACUCGACAAGGAGUACAGAAUCCACGCCGCCGGUGUUCUCUUAUGCAACUCGAGGGGCUCCGGAAAGUACUCUUAUAGAUGCUCUACUUCCUUCCAAUUUUCACGGAUAGUGCAAGAUAUCUCUGACUAAUUACGUUUCCGUGUAAUGACAAUGACACUGUGUGAAUAAGUAAAAGAUCCUGUCAUUCGAAGAAAAAUAUUUAAACUGCAAACAGUGAGAAUGAAUCGUUUAUGAUGCAGAAGAGAUCGAGAUAAUCCAUCAAAUUGAUAAACGCAUAUCGCGCGUCGCUUCAUGUAAAAAGUGUGGCGUGUUUUGAAUUGUCAAA